AAUCAAGAAUCCAUACCGCCCGAGUGCCCGUUGGCCCCUCUGCCUCGGAAGCUCGAGGGGUCUUUUCCCCUUCUCUCGGCGAAAGCCCUACCCGCUCCAUAUCGGCGACCAGAAUGCGCAGUGGAAUGGCCGGCUUCCAAUUCCGAGGCGUUGGCGCGAGAAAACCCUAGCUGGGAAUGGAUUCCGCCAUUGCUAUCGACGGGUCUACAGACAAGGUCAAGAUUAGGGCAGGAGAUAAGUGCUGGAUGGAUGAUCUUGACUACAUGCCGCUGAUCAAACGGCGGCGGUUGCUUCUCUCGAGCACGUCGUCCCCUUCGGUCCCAGUUUAUUCGAACAGGCCUCCAGUAGAUAUGGCUGUCAAGCGGGUCUCUCCUGGAGCUUCACAGGAGUGGCCAGGGUUACCCAGAGGUGUGAAGUUUGAUCCAUCUGAUGGAGAUCUACUUUGGCAUCUUCGUGCAAAAGUUGGCAAAGGGGAGGCUGAUCCUCAUCCUUUAAUCAGUGAAUUUAUUACUUCCCUUGAUAAAGAUGAUGGAUUUGGUUACACCCAUCCCCAAAAACUACCUGGUGUCAAGAAGGACGGAAGUGUAUCCUACUUCUUUCAUAGAUCAUUCAAGAUAUAUAAUACUAAGAAUCCAAAGCAUUGGACGGUACACAAUGAUGACUCUGAAGAUAUCUUUUGGCAAAAGGUGGGUAAGACUAGACCAGUCAUUGUUGAUGGGAGUCAUCAGGGUGGUAAAAAGAUAAUGGUUCUCUAUGCGAGCAUGAAAAAAGGCAAGAAACCUGAGAAAUCCAAUUGGGUGAUGCAUCAGUAUCAUCUUGGCACUGGAAAUGGCAAGGAGAGGGAGCUAGUUGUUUCUAAAAUCUUUUAUGAGAAUGCACAAGGAUUGUCUCCGGAGACUGUAAAAGCUAUUGUUGCUGAAGCAGAGACUCUAAUUGUUGCCAAAUUGACAACAGGAUAUCAUGAAACCAAAUGUAAUGAAAAUAGGGUUGGUGCUGGAUGGAGAGAGCUUGAUGAAUAUGAUAACUGUUCUACUGAAGAUUCAAAGCAAAGAAAAAUCAAAUCCCAAGUUUUAUCAGAUGUUCACCAGUCUGCGGAAGGCUUCUUAGCUGGUGGCAAGCUCCAUCAGGAGCAAUCCUCUUGUGCAGCUGAAUCCUGGAGGACAAGAUCUUGUAUAUCUGAUGAUGUUCAAGCAAAUGUCAAAAUUUUGAAAAACAACUUGAAGGAUAUUUCCAUGGGUGACUGUGAUUUGGUUUCUGAAGGAAACAAAACUUCAGGUCUUGUCGUUUCAAUUGCAAUGACUUCUGAUUUAGUCAGACCUUGUUCCCUUAAUGCAGCAGAUUCCAAUAGCGAGCAUCUCCCAGAUGCUAGUAGCUUGGGAGAUACUCAAGAAUAUAUAAGCAGUUCAAAUCUGAUAGCUUCCUCUGGAUUCAAAGGUCAUACUGUUGAACAAGGAGGGAAUGAUCUGCUGCAACUAUCUAAUCUGCCAGAUCAUAGUACUGGAAUAAAAGUUGAGCAUUCUGACUAUAUGCAAACAAAUCCUCAAAAGGAGGGUUUAGAGGACACUGAUAUGGAAGUGUUUAUAAGGGAAUCUGAAAAGGAGGAUCUUGAUCAUGUCACACUGCAAGAACGUUGCAACAUGCUGUUAUCAAGCACUUAUUCAGUUUCUGGUGAUCUCAAUGGUUCAAGAUGGUGUCAAGAUUGCAGUGCUUGUACAUCAAAGCCCUGUCCAAACAGUGUAUUACAUGCUCAAGAUGGUGGAUUUAUUUCUAGAAGUGAGAAAGAUGGAACCCUGACGAAUCAUUUGGGAACUGAAAAUUGUGGACAGGAUAUACUUGGCCUACUGCAGGAUAUUUCUUCAGGUCCUUUUAUUCAUCCUCCAAGCGCACAACUCCCGAUUGGAGAAUGUUGUGCUGACAGUGUUCCUGAAAGUAAUGAUGCAAAAUCUAUGAAUAAUUUAAUGUUCGAUUCUCCUGACAGUGCUACUGCAGGAUUUGAUCCAUAUUUGCAAACUUCCCUGAACUGCCAACUCAGCAUAUUGUUGCAAGAUAGCCACUCUCUUGAAAAUCAUGAAAAUAACUACAUAUCUGUAUACCAGACAUCUCGUCCUGAAGUAAAACCACAAGUUCAAAGCAACAAAUGUGUGAGUGAUCACUCUCAGCCCCUUUGUUCUGAAUUAUCUGCCCAACAGGUCCAAUUGAAGGUUGAACCGUUGGAAGAAGAUUUUCCUAAAAAUAUUUCUGGAAUAAAUGCUGCUGUGCCACAUAGUGCUGAUAAAAAUUCACCAGAGGAGGACUGUACAGCUAGUACUUGUACAGCCACUCCAUGUACUCCAGAUGCUGACAUGUCAUGCUUAAGACAGACACCUGUAGACCAGAAUGAUAGCAAUCAGGUGUAUAAUUCAAUACUCCCAACCUUUCCUGUUGAGGUAAAGGUCGAACCUUUGGAAGAAAGUCGCAUCAACAGUGUUCCUGAAGCAAAUGCUGAAAAUCAUUUGAGCCUGUUGCUAAGUAAUUAUUCAACAGAGGUUUUUAGAGCACAUACUCAAUUGUCAAAAGAUGAUCAUUUUCAAGUCAACUCUUCAUUCAAUGGAAAUAAUUCACAAGAAAACAUGUCAACUAACUAUUUAUGUUCUGACCAGAAUUCUGUUCCUGAAAAUGUAAUUAAUUCAGAAGCUCCAAAACUUCAGAGCAGUAAAAUUCCUGGUUUUAUGAGUGGUACCUCUUUAGAGAACUCUUGUACAGUUUCUCAGUCUUCAGCAAAGGCCGGUAAUCAUGAUAACAUUUCGUCGAGUGGUGACAGUUUGUUUGAAGAGUCUGGCAGAAAUUGUUCUGGUCAGGUCUCUUUUCUAGAGAAAGAACAUGCUGGUGCUAGUAAUAUAUUAUCAAAUUCAGUUCAAGUGAAGACUGAACCCUUGGAAAGUGACUUAUUGAGCAUGUGUGAGAAUCAUCUGUCCAGCUUUCCAGAGUCUGAUACAUUAGGAGCCAAUGUCAAGAGGGAAACCCUCGAUGAACUCUCUGUAGAUGUGAUUGAUCCCAUCAAAGUAGGACAUGCUAUGAUGCCGAUUUCAGGAAUUGUUUCUAACUUAGAUUAUGGAAACAAUCUGAAUUGCUCUCAACAAGCAGUGCCAUAUUAUCUAAUAGAUGGUUCUAUCAACUCUAUAAAUGCCAAAUCAAGUCAUUUUUCCCUUCGGAGGAGAAGGAAAAAAACUGCAACGGAUUCAGUGGAAACUGCACUUGAGGAAGAUGCUCCUGGACUUCUACAGGUUCUACUAGAUAAAGGAAUAACAGUUGAGGAAAUUAAACUUUAUGGGGAUGUAGAAGAUGAUGAACCACUAGAGGUUUCUUCCACAGAUGACAGUUUUGAAGAGCUUGAAACUGUGAUGACUAAGUUAUUUUCCGAGCGAGCAUCUCUAAUCAAACUUUCUACUGCACGGCAUAUUAAGGGGUCAAAGGCUGUUUACUGUUUGGCCUGCUUAAUUUCCCUUAUUGAACAGACUCGAUAUCUCCAUUUUCGUAACAGCUCUGUUGAAUGGGGAUGGUGUAGGGACCUGCAGUCAUUUAUUUUUGUCUUUAAGAGGCAUAACAGAAUAGUCUUAGAACGUCCAGAAUAUGGGUACGCGACUUAUUUCUUUGAGCUUGUGGACUCUUUGCCCAUUCCCUGGCAAAUCAAGAGGUUAGUGACAGCCAUGAAGCUCACCAGCUGUAGCAGGACCACUCUAAUCGAGAACAAACCAUUGUUGGUUGGAGAAGAUUUAACAGAGGGAGAGGCCUGUGUUUUGGAGGAAUAUGGUUGGACACCAAAUACUGGCCUUGGGACAAUGCUCAACUACUGUGACAGGGUGGUUCAUGACAAGAAAAAUGAGAGGUAUAGCUCAGAAUGGAGGGCCAAGAUUGGGAGGUUGUUAAUGAUUGGCCAUGAUGGUGGGCGCACUGUACUGACCAAUCUUCCUAAGAAGGUUGCACAAUUCAUGGAGAACCGUAAUCAAGAAAUCAAGUUGAUUAACUGAUUCAGCUCCACCAGUUCCAGUUAUUUGUAGAUGGUUGCUGAGCAUCGCACCUUCAGCAGCAGUGUAUGGUGAUAAUAAGGAUGUUGUAAGUAUAUGUUCUCUUCUGACCCUCAGAUCUAAUUUAUUAGAUAGCUUAGAGUAUUAACUUAAUGUAUGGUUAUGGUUAUGACAUGCUUGAAGUGUACAUGAUCAAAUGUAUCAUUUUCUUAUUUUUUACUUCUUGUUAUAUCAAAACUCAACCUGUGCAUGCAUGUAGUGCAUGAUACAGUGGUUUUGAUGGAUCAAAUGAUCUGCAGCUUGAGAACUGGGGGUUCAACAAUUAUCCGUUGC